AUGAAGAGCAUCGAAGAAAUCGCCGAAGUUGUUAAUCCUGGUACUUUUGCUCGCAUCAUUUCCCUUAAUGAGGACCCCGACCAAGAUCGCUCUGCUACCUUUAUUGGUAACUACAAAUUGUUCUGCAUUUUAGCGCGACUCGAAUGCAGUCUUGUUGAGUAUGGAAUGGGGUACUCUGGGAGGGCUGAGUUUAUCUCAGAGAAACGUUACAGACCUAUAUCAUCGCUCACUGUUGCUGAAUGGGGUUUCUGCGCUUGUCAAACGGAGGAUGUAACUGUAGCAAAAGCAGCCACAAACGGUAUGAACACAAACCGUCCCGACGGUUAA